AUGGAAGAUCCAGGUAUUAUUACAUGGUCGCACGAAGGUACAGCUUUUCAAAUUAUUCAACCGGAAGCACUGGCAAUUGAGAUUUUACCAAAAUAUUUCAAACAUAACAAAGUCUCAAGUUUUCAGCGUCAAUUAAACUAUUUUGGGUUUAAGAAAUGGACCAAAACACAGACAAAUGUCUGUACAUUUAGUCAUCCUUUUUUCGUACGGAGUGAUAAGGACCGGAUAAAAUUGAUUAAACGAAAAGAACGAGCACAGUUUAGUGUCUUAUCUACUGGAUUAAUGCUAGCUGGAAGAAUGAAACCAAAACCAAUUGAUUUACUGCAUCAUCUUGAUGUGCAAGAAAAAACAAGUUGUCUACCAAGUGAAGGACGAUUUCAGACUCAUUCGGAUCGUAGUAAUGUUUCUCAAGAUAUACAUCAAGUACGUCCGAGUCAACAAGCUUUAAAACGACAAAAGUCGACGACGUUUUCCGGCACAACUGUCACGUUUCUCAAUUCAGCAGCAGCUGGACGGCGUCAUUCAACGGGUAUGUUGCCUGGAUCGGAAGCAUUUGGAUUUGCAGCAGCUGCAGCGGCUGCUGCUGCAGCAGGGUCAGGUUCCAUGGAGUCUACUUUUGUACCAGGACGGAAGCGUGCAGGAACACCAGCGGAACAAGAGUUUGAGCUUGAAAUGGAAGCGCAAUCGAAAUCAGUCGUGAAUUUAGCAUCAGUGCAACAACAAUUUAUGCAUAUGAAAAAAAUUGCAGAGACCAAGGAGUUACCACAGUAUCAACGUUAUUCUUAUCCACCUGCACAUGGAAAACGCCAAAGUCUUCCUCAUGUUUUACCUCCUGGAUUGGGUAAUACGUUUGGGACAAAUGUGAACGGUAAUGGGAUGGGAGGAAGUGGUGGUGGUGGUGGACAUAGUGGAUGUGGACCUCGUCGUGCCAAUAUUCUUGGGCGACGUAAAAGUGACCAGCUAUUGAAUGAUUACAACAAUCCUUCGAGUAACAAACUUAUUUCAAUCAGCCAGAUUGAAGAUUUUAUAGCGUCCUCGUCGACAUCGACGUCCCAGCAAACACUUUUUGCCUCGAACACUAAGAAUGACGCAUCCAUGGUCCUCCCCAUCUUAUCAAACUCAGCUCACGAUGCAUACCAGCUUCAACAGCAGCGACAACAACGUCAACAGAUCAACAGACAGCAACAUUAUGGUGACGGGGGAUACGGAUACGGCGUGAAGCUCCAGUCUACCAGCGUGUGGCCAACUUCCGUCAAGUCUGAAUCUUCUAGUGGCGGAUGGCCGACAUCCAUCAAUGCAAAUUCAUCCUUGGUUGGAAACAACUCGUGCCAGCCUCAGCCGCAAAAUCAUUCAAUGAUGAUGCCGUUAAAGUUUGGAGGCUCUAAUGUAUCACAGAACAAUAAUACGUCAUUUACGGGAAAUGUUAUCGGAUCCAUGGACUUUUCUCAAACAGCGUUUGAAGGCGACAGGAAACUCCAACAACGUCCUCAUACUUCCUAUUCCCAGCAAUACCAAUCUCAUCAAGAGCAAGUGGUAUCAUACCAGCAGCAGCGGCAGAAAGAGCAGCAAGAAGAAGAAGGACAGCAGCCAAGUCAGCAACCUCGUGACUACAUUGAUGUUUUGCUUGAAAGCGCAGGUGUGGACGAUAAUCUACCCCCACAGAGCUCAACGAUGCUUUUGUCGGAAUCCUGGAACGGACAUUCAGAAAAUGAUUCUGCUAGCUCGGGGUCGACGGGGUCUUUUGCUUUUAUGCCGACACAACAGCAGCUACAGCUGUCUCCGAUGAGAGGCAUGCCUCACACCCCCAUCCAGCGUUUCUAA